AUGGCACCUUCAGCUACUAGCGUGGACACACCAGUGGGCGACCACCCACCCCGAGUCUGGACAACACUCCUCACAAAUACAGCCUAUCUGACGGGUCUCCUAACACUUGACUACUCACUGAAACGCUCCAAAUCUCUCUACCCGCUCGUCGUAUUGUAUACGGAUGAACUACCAACCGAAGCUCAUGAGGCACUCGACCGCCGCGGCAUUCGCAAGCGGCACGUCCCUUACCUCCUGCCGUCUGCUGGAAACGAUUACAGCAAUGACCCACGGUUCUACGACUGUUGGACCAAGAUGGUUCCUUUCGGCCUGACAGAGUUUGAGCGAAUCGUCCAGCUAGACAGUGAUAUGCUUGUCAUGCGCAACAUGGACGAACUGAUGACUAUCAAACUCGAUUCUCCUGCCCUUGAAGGCAAGGGUAACAGGGUCUUUGCAGCUUCGCAUGCAUGUGUGUGCAAUCCCCUGAAGAGGGCACAUUAUCCUAGUGAUUGGGUUCCUGAAAAUUGCGCCUAUACACAUCAACACGGUAAACCGGAUGAGGCGCAAACAACUGGAGCUCCCUGCACCACUGGACUUCAGUACAUGAACGGCGGUCUCCAGGUCGUCAAUCCAAGCAAAGCAGUAUACGAACUUAUCCUGAAAACCCUGGACAAGCCCCAAACAGCAGACUACGCUUUUGCUGAUCAGUCACUACUUUCUGAUCUCUUCCGCGGUCGAUGGGUUGGACUGCCGUAUGUGUACAAUGCACUAAAGACUCUGCGCUGGAAGGGCGUUCAUGAUUCUAUUUGGAGAGAUGAGGAGGUCAAGAAUGUCCAUUACAUUUUAGCUCCUAAACCGUGGAAUGGGAAAGAUGUGCACAACGAGGCGGAUCUUGUGACGCAUGAGUGGUUCUGGGAUAUGAAUGAGGAGAGGAAAAAGGCUGAAAAGGAGGCUGGGAUUGAUGACGAGUAUUAA